AUGCAGCUGACCGCCCUCACACUCCUCGCCGGCGCCGUCGCGUCUGUGUCGGCCGCAGUCCUGGCCCCCAAGAAUAAUUCCACACUGUUUAUCAACGACUGCGCGCUGUUUCUGUACGGCGGCGAGGGUCACUCACACCAAAAGUUGGGCGUCCACUUGAACAGAGAAGACCGGGACAACCUGGAGUACUUCGACGAGACCCGGAACUGGCCGGGCGAGACUGGCUUGACCCGCGACUGGACCGUCGACUGGGAAAGCAAGUCGGUGGAGUUUUUGAACAUGGGUUACCUAGCAUGCCCAACGCUCGACGGGACGUAUACGAUGGGGCUUACGCACAAAGAUUCCCUCCCGGGAACCUCUCCAGGAUGUAUCGUGUUUAGUGUCCAGGCCUUCCGUGACGAUACGCUGGUGGGCUGCGACUAUUCCGAGGUGGUGAACCCGGACGACUUCUUGAAGAUCUGA